CCGCUCCGCAACCAGCUAUUUCUAAUUUCCAACAGCUAUGCAGUCAAUUCGGGCGUGGAAGGCAGCGGGUGUCUCGCAUGUUGCCUCGUCUAUGCGCUACUACUCCAUGAGGCGUGAUGCCGUCCGCCCAGUACGCGGUAUGGUUGAUCGACUCGGGCUUGCCUACCGCAAGUACGAGCAGAUCACCGAUGCUGGACGCAAGGCUGUCGAGUCCUUCGGGUUCCAGCCGAUCACAACGCCUAUUCUCGAAUACUCCUCGAUAUUCGAGCGGUCUCUGGGGCAGGACUCGGAUGUGGUCGGGAAGGAGCUGUACAAGUUCCAGGACUCGAGCAGCGACUGGAUGACCAUGCGUCCCGAGGGCACAGCAGCCGUGGUGCGCGCUGUGAUCCAUAAUGCGCUGACAGCGAGCUUGCCGCAGAAACUAUACUACUCAGGGCCCAUGUUCCGCCAUGAGCGGCCGCAGAAAGGCCGACUGCGUCAGUUUGAACAGUUCGGGGUAGAGGUGAUCGGUAUCUCGCAUCCGGCUUCUGAUGUUGAGUGCAUCGAGUCAGCAUGGAACUUUUUGAACAGUCUUCCUCUUGCAGGCGACCUGGAGCUGCAGAUAAACACCAUCGGCGAUGCGGAAUCGCGAAUGGCAUACCGCCAAGGACUGACCGCCUAUUUGAGCGACUUCAAGGAGGACUUGUCUGAAGACAGCCGGAGGAGGCUCACAACCAAUCCGCUCCGGAUCUUGGACUCGAAGGACGAGAAUGACAAGAAGAUUCUGCUCCGUGCACCGAAGCUGGCCACAUACAUGAGCGACAAUUCGCGCGAUCACUUUAAUUAUGUCUGCAGGGGGCUUGAGGCCUUGGGUAUUCCGUACAAAGUCAACGACAAGCUCGUGCGCGGCCUCGAUUACUACCAGCACACGGUAUGGGAGGUGGUCUGCAAUUCACAGGGCUUGGGCAAAUCGCAGGCAACGAUUCUGGCUGGCGGCCGGUAUGAUGGGCUGGUCGAAACGAUGGGUGGACCAAAGCUGCCUGGGAUCGGCUGGGCUGCCGGAAUUGAUCGCCUGGCGCUUCUUGUUGCUGACCAAAAGGUUCAGCUUCCGCCAGCGCCUAUCCCCGUCCUGAUAAUUCGGAAUGGCACCCAGACCGAAGGCUCUGAACUGAACAAGCACACCAUUGAUCAGUCACUGUACAAUUAUGCUAUGAAGGUUGCGCAGGUCAUUCGCCAGAAGCACAAAUCGUUCGUGUACCAUCCCAUCAUCAAUCCUCAAAAGAAGGUCGUGAGCAGCAUAGCGUCACACCCACCAGUCUCGAAGCAGUUGGCGCAUGUGCUUGGAGCCGAUCUUAUACCGCAAAAGGUUGUUCUCGUGGGUGGCGAUGAAAUGGAGAGUUCAUCUGUAGUUUUGCGCGACACAGAAACAAAAAAGCAGACCAAGAUGAGCCUGGACGAGGUCUUGACUGCUUUGUCGUAGAUUUGUCGCUUGAUAAUAAUAAUUCAGUCAUGUGGUUGGGUCGACAUUACAAUCAGUGUCAAUAAAU